UGACGACCGCCUUCCCCUGUCUCUCGUCCUGUAACGGAGAGGCCCUGCGACCUGUCCAUUCCGCCCCGCGAUCCUGCAAAUUAUGCCUAUCUGGCAUCGGAUCUUUCCAGUGUCCUUUAGAUAUAAUUCAAGGGUUUGCUGCCCUGCGCUAGCGCGAAUCAAGCGUUCCGUAAACACUACCUACUACUCUCGCUCGACACAUAAUUUAAAGCUUUUCGGACCUCUCGGCGCCUGGUCCAAUCUCUAUCUCCUGCCAUCGCCUUGCUCCUUGGGCUGCCUCUGGGACCCCUGCUGGGGAGCCGCGCGGGCCCAUUGAUACUUGCGUGGAAAUAAAUUCUGUUAUUUUCUCCACGUGUGCGGGUGCCGUUAUGUUGCAGAAAUUAUAACAGUGCCCAAUUCCAAGCCAUGUCUCCUUCUCCCUCCAGCGAACGAUCGCACCAGUCGGGUGCACCACCUUACCCGGCGGGGCGCAGGACAAUGUAUGGCGCGUCGCAAUCUGCCCGACAAACACAAUAUUCUUCCCUCGGCGACGCGCUAGGCGGUAUGCGUCAGCCGCAGCAGUAUCCAGGAAGCGGCCAAAGCUCCGAAUACCCGCCUCCGCCGGUUUCCAGUGGUUCAGUUCCUCCUCCGCACCCACACAUGUCCCCCGACGGAAGAACACAAUUUACACCCUCCGGACUCCCGUCAUACGACUACCCCUACCAAGCCGGUUCUUACGAGCCGAUUAGUCAAUACGGACAUUCUUCAUUACCGCCGAUGCGCACCGGUUCGCCCGCGGCGUACACGGCACUAAAUCAGUAUAAUCCUCACAAUCCACCAUACGCUCCGCCAUACAUUCAGGCGACUCCGUACGUCCUACCGGAUGAAGACUGGGGCCAGUCGCCGCAGAGUUUUCAGCCGCCGGACGCGGUACCGCCAAUGUUCGUUGCCGGUCGAAGCGACGUCGGUGCCAGUCCACAGGUCGAUUCUCGAUCAUAUUCACAACCUCAAUAUACUACUCCCCCGAUAAAUGUUCAUCCAGAGGAACGUGGUUCAUUCUCAAGCGAGCUGUCGCCCUCGUCGAAAGGCAAGGCGCGUGAGCUUGAGGGCGGACGCGUCUAUCGAUCACCUUCUAGUACAUUCGUCCCGCCUACAGUGGAUUAUAAAGAGUUAGUAAGCACGUAUUGGCACCUGUACAGUGAAUGUGCUGCCAUCCCCCAGCGUGACGCACCAGGUAGCCCACAUUCACUAGAGGCAAUUGAGAAUAUGAUUCGGACUGCCAAGGUUGGACUCCAAUUGCUUCAACCAGGGUCCGCACCCGACAUCACCGCCCAACACCGACGCACUAGCGAAGAAUCGAGGAACAGCGCCGAGCUAGGAAACGUCUCACCCGAUUUACCUGCCAAACGUCAGGCAGAGUCAGCGCCUGCCCCUGACGGGCAAAAGUGCCUUGGAUGUGGAGCUACCGCGACUCCCGAAUGGCGUCGAGGUCCACUUGGUCCACGGACGUUGUGUAACGCUUGCGGUUUGGUUUACGCCAAAAUGAUUAAGAAGCGAGGAAACGAUGUUCGACCAAAUACGGGUAGUACGACAAACCAUACUCAACAACGCGGUGCGCCCUCUCAGUCAGCAGCUGACGAGGCGCCUUCACUUGAUAGUCCAGAGGGGAACAGUGACGAUGAACUAUCUUACGGAUCACAGGAGCCCCACUGAUAAUACAAUUCCACCAACCUCUAAAGGUUUAAUGCGCCUGUGCUAUUUUCGAUUUUUUCCCGUAUAUUCAUACCUAAUUUCUGGACGUAAUCUGCGUAAUUCUCUGGGUAAAGGCUAUACACUCUUCGUUAUUUUAGCACUGCGAUUAUCUGUACACCUUCGACAUAUUAUUUCUGCCUCGCCUCGUGAUGCUCCGCCGUGACUCGCGCUACGAUCGUCGCAUGGCUCUACCGUUUCUGGAAUUGAUCUUCAAUGUUCAGCCCUAGACAACGGCGAGACGGACGGAACACGAAGCACCCGCACGCUCAAGGAAGGACCAUCAAUAACUUCUUAACUGAUUACGGAAUGACGUGCCGGAUGCCACGACGAGAGGACCCUGCUUCUCAUCUAACCCAUCUAACCAGACAAUCCGCACAUUCAAACCAUAUCUCCUCGAUCGCACGGCGGCAGUGUUGCGGGCAGACAGGCAAACAUGUAGCAUAUGUAUUUUUUCCUGAAACAUAGUCUAUACAUAGUUUAUCAAAACGUCUUACGUCUCUCUCGUUCUAUUGUGUCGAGUCAGGUUCCUUCGUGUCUUCCAUUACAGUAUCACUGUUCGCUCGUUACUUUAAAUCCAAUCAUAGCUCAUCCGUGCGUACGGAUUCGCAGGGACCAAAUAGCUGGGAUCGAAUUGGAUGCUAUUAUCUUGGCGCGCAGCGCUGUGUCUCCGUAACCUUACGUGUUUGGCAUUACCAUGAUAAUGGAUUCUCGGAUGUCCAAAGUGAGCAACUCGAAAAGACCUGACCUUACCUGUGGGAAAGGAUGCACACGCAAUUCACCCCCUUCGGAGAACUUCGAUUGCCAUUGGCAACCGGGCAAGAAGAAGGGAGCUCAACCAAGCAAUGGAUGGGUGCGACUUCGAUUGAUACUUACACAAUGGUCAAUUCAGUCCCUUGUCCGGUUCAUUGAUGGAGAGGGUCCAUUAUGUCUUUUGAAAACGAAACGCUUGGGACGGGAGCCAGCGGGUUUGAGGCGUCCCCCGUCCCUUACCC